AUGGCCACCCAUGGUGUGUCUAUGACCCCAGCUCUGGCUGGAACCCCUGCGCUGGCUCUAGCACCCGCGCCCGCACUAGCUUGCAAGGCUUCUGUGGCCCCAUCUCCAGGACCAGGUACCCCCGGCUCUAUCACUUCGAAAGAAUGGGUCAUCCCACCGCGCCCUAAGCCUGGCCGCAAGCCUGCUACAGACACCCCGCCGACUAAGCGCAAGGCCCAGAACCGCGCUGCCCAGCGUGCGUUCCGUGAACGCCGGGCCGCCCGCGUUAGUGAACUCGAAGAGCAAAUGAAGGAAAUUGAAGAUAGCCACGAUAUUCAAGUGGCAAACCUCCAGCAGCAGAUCGGUAAUCUCUCUGGUGAGAUCGAUCAAUGCCGUGAGGAGAUGGGUUGGUGGCGCGACCGAUGCCAUGCCUUGGAGAAGGAGGUAGCCAUCGAACGCAGCGCAAAGGAGACCCUUGUCAAGGAAUUCCGAUCCUCUCUUUCUGGUACUACUGUCACCAAAGUCACUGCUAUUCCUGACUCUGUGCCCUUGCCGCCUCGCAAGACCAGGAGUUCACGAAUGGAGGAUGUUCAACGCACCAACAUCGACCGUAACAAAGAAGACGGACAUAUGGAUGUCCCUCUGGGCUGCAACAAUUGCUCUAGCUCGCACUGUCAAUGCAUUGAAGAUGCAUUCGGCAUGCCGAUCGAUACCCACGAGUCAUCUCGUGCGAGCAGGCAUCCACCCCACGGAGUGGGUAGUCCCGAACGCGAUACUCGAGACCCCGACAUCAAACCCGAUCCGGAAGAGAUGGAAAUCGAUUUCACCGCGCAGUUCUCCAGUGCACCAGCUCAGUCCCACGAUGUGUCCUCGCCACCCGUCGAUCCUUGCGGGUUCUGCCAGGACGGUACCCCCUGUAUCUGUGCCGAGAUGGCGGCACAGGAGCAGCAGCGAAGCCGUACCUUCGAGACCAACCGUCUCGCCCCAAUCCAAUCCAUCUCACAAUUUACCCCACCCCCAUCCGAGGGAGACGCCCGCUCAGAAGUGACUCUCCCAUCCAUAACCCAAGCGACCAACCCCUGCGCCAAUGGCCCAGGCACCUGCGCCCAGUGUCUUGCCGACCCCCGAAGCACCCUUUUUUGCAAGACGCUGGCAGCCUCCCGGUCAGCGAGCGGCACUCCAUCGGGAGGAGGCUGCUGCGGAGGCGGCGGAAAGGAGGGCGGAUGUUGCAUGUCAAGAAAUGCCCCCACCACCACGACCCUCUCGCGUAACAACACCACCCUGCCUUCGCAACCUCCCGCACCCAAGCCCGCUUCGCCCUCCGAGUUAACGCUCAGCUGUGCCGACGCCUUCACCACCCUCUCCCGCCACCCAAACUUCAAUCGCGCCAGCGACGAGCUCUCCUCCUGGCUACCAAAGCUCCACACACUCCCUAACCCCCGUGACCUCGCUCCCCCGGACAGCCGUGCUGCCAUGGAAGUCGAGGCUGCGAGCGUCAUGGGCGUGCUGCGGUACUUCGACCGGCGCUUCGCCGAAAAAUAA